AGGAACUAUUUUAAAAUUAUCCUAAAGAUAAUUGUUAGGGACAUUCCGAAUCCACAGAGAUGGCUGAAAAUGUUAAAGUUGCUGUCCGUGUGCGGCCAUUCAAUAAGCGAGAAAAAGACAGAAAUGCAACAGUGGUUGUCAAAAUGGAUGGUAGCACGACGACGCUAACCAAUCCAGACAAGCCAAAUGACAAACCCAAGAAAUUCACUUUCGAUUACAGCUACUGGUCCCAUGAUGGUUAUAAAGAGAGAGCGGAUGGUUAUUUGGAAAAAGACAAAGCGUCGAGUAAAUACUGCGAUCAGAAUCGCGUUUUCGACGAUCUUGGACAAGGAAUAUUGAACAAUGCAUGGGAAGGAUACAAUUCAACGUUAUUUGCUUACGGUCAGACGGGAUCAGGAAAAUCGUACAGUAUCGUGGGUUACGGAAUUAACAAAGGUGUUGUUCCUGUAUUGGCGGACCGAUUAUUCACACAAAUUGGGGAAAAGUCGAAUGGUGCAGACGGACAAUUUGAGGUAACGUUCAGCAUGCUGGAAAUUUACAGUGAACAAGUUCGGGAUUUGUUGAAUCCAAAAACACUCAAAUUAAAGGGUGGAUUGAAAGUUCGAGAAAAUCCAACUCGAGGAUUUUACGUUGAAGGUUUGGAAACGGUAGCGGUUGCAAGCUAUGAGAAUAUAGAAUCAAGAAUGUCAGAAGGUACAAAGAAUAGAACUGUUGCGGCGACUAACAUGAAUGCGACCAGCAGUCGAGCUCACACUAUUGUUGGGAUUACAUUUGUACAGAAGACUAAAAAUGAUUCAGGUGAAGAGAUGUCAAAGACGUCCGUCAUUAAUCUGGUGGAUCUUGCAGGAAGUGAACGUGCACGCAGUACUGGAGCAACCGGGGAGCGCUUGAAAGAAGGAGCAAUGAUUAAUCAGUCAUUAUCUUCGCUGGGAAAUGUUAUUUCAGCUCUUGCUGACAGAUCUGGCGGAAAGAAGGUCCGCGUUCCUUACCGUGACUCGGCAUUGACGAAGCUCUUGAAGAAUGCUUUGGGCGGUAACUCCAAAACAGUGAUGGUCGCUGCCAUCAGCCCAGCUGACAUCAAUUAUGAUGAAACUCUAUCAACGCUGAGGUAUGCAGAUCGCGCAAAACAAAUCAAAACAGUUGCGAAAGUGAACGAAGAUCCAACAGCUAAACUCAUUCGAGAGUUGCAGGAAGAAAACAAAAAGCUGAAAGAGUUGAUUGAAAAGGGUGGAGCUGCUGCAGUUGCCGCUACCGUUGAUGGUGAUUCCGAAGAAUUGACUGAAGCCGAGAAAGAACAAAUUAAACGUGAAUAUGAAGAACUUAUGCAAGCUGCAAUGUCAGAAAACGAAAGAAAAAUGAAAGAUAUGGAACAAUCUUGGCAAGAAAAAUUGGAACUGGCAGCGAAAGAGCAUGAUUCAACUGCUCGGAAAGAAUUAGAAGCAAAGAUGGAGACUACGCCUCAUAUUUAUAAUCUGAAUGCCGAUCCACAAAUGUGUAAAGUGCUUGUUCACAUCUUGGAGAAAGGACAAGAAUACAUGAUAGGAAAACCUGCUGAUAAUACCAAGAUUCCCUUGCAAGGAGCUGGUAUCAUGGAUCAACAUGCGAUAAUUCGAGGUGAUGGUGGAAACAUAUUUCUUAAAAUUAUCGAUCCUGAAGCAAAAGUCAGAUUCAAUGGAGAGUUAUUAUUGGAAGGAGAUGAAAUGCAACUCAGACAAAAUGACAGAAUCUUGUUUGGAACAUCCCACUUAUAUGUCUACUGUGAUCCCGUCCAAUACAAAGCAGCUCCUCAAAACUAUCCAGAAGUUUCAUACGAGAUGGCACAAGAUGAAAUAUCAGCAUGUAUUGGACUGAGUUCAGCAGCUGAGAAAUCAAAAGCUGAGGCAGAAAUUCGUGAACAGUUGGCUGAACUUCGACCUGCUGUCGACGAGGCGAAUUCAAUCAGUGAAGAACUUGAUCAGAAAGUUAAAUUUGAUGUUCUCGUUGUUCCACCUCAUUAUAGAGGUAUCGAUACUGGAAUGACUGAGAUUAUGGUAAGAAUGAAACACUUGGAAAAUGGAAUGUCUUGGGUUUGGAGCAGAGAAAAAUUUAUCAACAGAAAAUAUAUUAUGCAAGAAAUGUAUGAAGAACAUGAAGAAGGUCAAGCCACAGCGCAUGAAGAAAAUCCCUUCACAGAAGAUGCAAACACAGAUAUAUUGAUUGGAUCAGCUGCUGUGUCUCCGCAGUGUCUUGCAUAUAUGAUAGACAUGUCUCAACAAUUUCCUCUACUCGGUUACGCAGGAGAUAGUGUUGGCGUCAUCAAUGGAAGCCUGGUUCCAUGUGACUCAAAAGGUAAGGAAAUCACGGAUGAUGAUAAUGCAGAAUUUAUUGAUGACCCGAAAGAAUUAAUCGGAAGAAAAUACAAAGUAAAAGUUAAGAUUGAUAAUGCUCGCGGAUUGCCAAAACGUUUCAAGGAUGUUUACGUGAAAUACGAUAUGUUCCUGGAGACAGAUAACAAAACAAAAGUUAUUAAUGGGACGGCAAACCCGGAUUUUAAUUACUCUGGCACCCAUCAGUUCAAUCCAGCUACUUCCGAACUUGUUAACUGGUUGAAAACCGGAAACCUUAUUCUUCAAGUUCGUGGCAAACAACAACCCGAGGUAACUGGAAAUCGUCGAAAGAUGACAACAAAACAAUUGAGUAAAACUUCAUCGCUGGUUCAAGCAGCUUCUCAAAUACAGCAAAAUCAAAGCGCCUGGAAGACGGUAACCAUUGACAAACUCGCCAAAGGAGUGCUCGAGAGAAGAUGCGAUACAUUGGAACGAAAACUUCAUCAACUUCGUUUGCUGGUUAACAAGGCGGAAGAACAAAAAAUCGUCAACAUUCGAGUAACAGAUCUCAAGAAGGUGCUUGCGAUUCAACAACCAGAAGCAAUUGAUACAAUGAUCAGAAAACUAGCGAAAGAACAGGCAAAGGGAGGCGAUAAUCCACAGUCUAAGGCAUGUCAUCUUAUGUGAGAAGGAAAUUCUAAUGUUAGAUUUAGUUUGAGCUUACUCUUGAAUCCUUUUUGCACUAAUUUUGUUUAUAUAAGCGAACUUCAAUUUUGUUAUUCACUGUACUGUGUUGCACUGUUAACAUGACGGCUUGAGCAUUUGCGCGAUCACUGUAUUGCAUUCGAAUAAUUACAUAUACACAUAUCAGCUUUAAGUACAAAAGAAUUUUUUAAAGCGAAUUUGGUAUUUGAUGCGAUGCUGGUAAUUUGUACCAUUCGUCGUGCCUGACUAGUUAACC